AUGUGGCGACGAAACAACAUUCCAGACUACCAGAUGGGCUAUCAGUCCUAUCCAUAUCCGGACGAGCCAACAAUGGAUGAAAGAUAUCUGGAGACAAUACAUGAAGUCGAGUCUUUGUACAGUCGCCGCAGUAGUGUUGCGGCCACUGCUCUCCCAGAACUCCCUUUCCGGGUCGUACCGCCCAUGGGUCCGCGUGAAUCGAUCUAUUCAGAGGCAUCCUUCGAAGAAAAUCCCUCAGUCCAGCCAGACCAUAACCAUCAGAUCUCUCAAGCUAGUGUGUCGCCUUUGAGUAGCCAGACCUCAUUGCACCCCAACGGCUCCGAUGCAUCCUUAGUAUCCCCUGUCGAGUCUACACACCCGGACAAGACCUUUAGAAGCCAAAUACCCCGGAAGCUGUCCCAGAAAUCUCCGGAAGAAGGCAUCAAGAAACGAUGGAAUUUACAGAAAGAAGGCAACGAAGAAACCCGGUGGGAUGAGUACUCCGGCGAGCCGAGUCAGGCGGGCAAGCCGCCCUCUGCUCGCCCAGGCGUGGUUCCGACGCUUGAUUCUCAACAAUACCCUCAGCUGAAAGAGCGAACACGGCAGAUAUUGGCAGGCUUGAAGGACAGAGAGGCGGUCAAGAACUCAGCCUGGACCAGAAAUCCUCUGCCAGCCGCUGCGGAUCCCUUGGACAACCCACCGCAGCGGCCUCCAUGGAGAGGAGCUAGUGGUCGGCAUGCAAUAGUCGAGCCUGUAAAGAAUACACCCGAGGCUCGAACCAAACCAUUGAUGCUAUCAGGGCGUCCAAAGCAAACCGAAGGAGAGGCAGAAAGCCCGACGCCGGAAGAUUCGAUAUCACCAAGCAAGACACCCAUGUCUCCUAUCGAUUCGCUUUCGGUCGCUGCUUCGCAACUACCGACGGUCAGGAAUAUUGGGUCUGAAGAAAGCCUCAAGCCUGUAGCACCUCUGAAGACGCGAAAGAUACCACAAGCCGUGUCGCCUCCGGCACUGUCCCCCAAACAGCAGGAAUAUGCUCAAUUACACCUUGAUAGCCCCUUCCAAAGUCCUGGUCCAUCUCCGUCCAUCGUUGAGUCAACAGCCAGCCCAGCGCCGAGCACAAUUCAAGACUAUGGACCGGACAGUCCCACGCUUGGCUCAAAUGCACCGUCAAUCAUUGAGCCAGAAAGACGUUCCAGUGAGGACUCAGUAGAAACGAUGCUGAAAGCGAAACCUUUACAACGGGAAGCCGACACCGGCUCAAGCUGGAACACCUACGCUACCAGCACGGUCGACGAUGGUGCUCACCACAUUCCAUCAAGUCCGAUAGCACGAGAAGUAUUCACCAGCAGCCCUCCUCCAAUGUCGCAACACUCGUACUCAGCCGAUACGAUACCAAUCCUUCUUCGAAAACGAGUUGCGGCUAAUAACAGCGGCUACAGAAGCUUCGACAACUAUGGUGGCAUCUCUCCCUUCUCCAACAUCUCUGCCCGAAAGUCCUCAACCAAUAUCCUUCGCAAAGCCGUUGGCGGCGAUAAUUCCACUUAUGACCGCAACGGUAAACCUCGUGCGGUUUCGCUGAUGUCUCAUCUCUCGACGACGAAAUCCCUUCCACCCACUCCCGUCGAGCUACAAGCCAGCGAAGCCGCCGACAAACUUGGAUCGCUCAAGGCACGCCUCGACGACCUAGCCCGCCGUAAGCGCAACCUGAACAAAAUCAUACAUGAACUGCAAGAAUCACUCAUAAAGAACGCGAUCGUCUAUGACGCGAGAAAACGCAAGGAGGUCGACAAGAUGAUCACGAACUUGCAUAUGGAAAUGCAGGACAUCAAGAACGAGGAGCACGAUGUGCAAUUGAAGUUGCACCGAGUGCAGAAACGGAGAGACAAGGAUGAUUUCUACGAGCAGCCCACCGGGUUGUGGAUUAAGCGUGUCACGACUUGA